CCCUGCCAUGACUCUGACUCUCUCCUCUACCCCCCCCCCCCCCCAGACUCCGAGGUCUCCAAGCGGAUCCAGAAGGGCUGCGAUGUGGAGGGGAAACCCAACAAUUCCAUUUCCUUCUUCUCCCACGGGCAGAUCGUGAUGCUGGCGGAGGAGCAGUGCGCUACCGACCUCUGCAACCAGGGGGUGCCAGACGCCCUGCGCUCCUUCCCCCCCACCUCCAGCCUGGAUUGCCUCUCCUGCUCCUCCUCCGACCACUCCUGCUCCGGCCCCUCCAUGACGCGGAUCCGGUGCCUGGACCCCCGGGAGCAGUGCGUGGACAUCACGGCCAUCUCCAUGGCCGAAGGUGAGCAGGGACCCACCCCGAGACCCCCGCCCUGGGGCCAGAUGGGAGCCGGCACCCCCUAGAGGAGACAGGCCCCGUGCCCCAUUCCCUGC